GACGCUAGGGAAGCCUCAUAUACUAGAAUUCUAUUAUUACGCCGGGUCGCCGGCUUAAACUCAGUUGGUCUUGGCUCCCUGAACCGUGAGAACACGGCUGCUCCUCGCACACCUGAAGAGCGGCGCGUUCGCGGCCGGUCCCCGAGCGCCGGAGCGCUCCUCCGCGACACAAUUCUUCUCAGUCGCCUGUUCGACCGGCGUGCCGCGCGAUCGUACCUUCUCUUUCUCUCUUCUUCUUCUUCUCCUUCGCGGAGCCGUGCCCGUGCGCUCGGUGUGUACCUGGCCCGUUGACGCGCGCACAAAGGGAAUAGAGUGCCGCGAGGAAGAUGCCGUACUACAACGACGUGCCGUACUACUACGGGGCAUCGUACGCGAAUCACAGCUCGCUGAUGACGGGCACCGGACGACCGUUCGCGCCGCUGUCCCGCUUCUCGCCGCACUUGUCGACGAUCUCGGAGUCGCCGCUCAAUCACCUGCACCGCUUCUCGUCGAUCUCGGUGUCGCGGCACCCGCGGCGGGUGAUCGACACCGCGGACAUCGACGUGUCGUCGCCGCGGGUCCUUUCGCACGACGGCACCCGAGCGAGGAACCGCCUGCGCCGCGACCGGCCGACCAUCAAGAUCCGCUCGCAGGCCUUGAAGGACAAUCCGGCACUGCGCGAGCACCAUGAGCGACAUGAAAAGUCGGUGGGCGAGCUCCUGAUGGAGAAGUUCCUCAUCAAGGACAAGAAGUCAGCCGACGACAAUCAGCAGCAGCCGGUGCGCCUCUAUCAUCAGAUCAGCCUGGAGAGCGAGCUGGAGGGAGGUGGUCAGGAUCGCGAAGCCCUGCAGAAACGAAUCACUCGCAGAUUCACGCGGCGCAGGUCCUCCACCGACCUGCAGCUCGACCCGGAGCAGCUGCAGCGGGAAGCCGCGUACGCGCAGGUGCAGGCGAAGGUGCUGGACAGCCUGGUGGCGGAGGAACAGGCGCAGAUCGAGAGCGAGGCUCGCCGCGGCACUCUCAUCAGGAAAGGGACGGUGGUGAGGGGCUCGGUGAACGGCCACUCCAACUAUUACUCGGACAACUUCGCCGAUUCCGACACGAUGACGCGCGAGGAGGAGGAGGAGAUGGCGCUGAGGAUGAGGAAGAACGCGAAGAAGGCCAAGAAGAAGAAGAAAUCGAUCGACAAGCCGUCACCGCCCGACAGGACGAUCGCGAACGAUCACGUGCUCGACAACAGACGGUCCAGCGCCUCCAGCGAGUUGUCCGUCGACUCGAAGGUCGACGAGGUCGACGAGGCUCCGCUGGAGGAGAACGGCCCGCGGCCGCAGAUGUACAAGAUCGAGGCGUCCAACAGCGCCGGCGACUUCUCCAGCAUCUGGGUGAACACGUCCGAGAAGGAGCCGCAGCGCAAGAUGAGCGUCGAGCAGUUCCGCGAGAGUGUGAGGGUCCCAAUCCCCAGGAAGCUCGGUGUCGACGUCACCGCUGCGCCCAAGAGCGCGGAUGACGCGGAGAUGCGGGUGGUGUUGCCCGUGAGGAAGCCGUACGUGAUGGACCCGUCAAGGAACAGCGUGUACUUGACGAUGAAGAAACCGGAGAAGGCCCGUGACGAGACGCUGGACGAGGAGCUCGGUAGGAUGCUGGAGACGGAGGUCAACGGGGUUCAACCUCUGGCGAACGGCUUCGUCGACGCUUCGGCCGAUCGAAUCCUCGAGGACGACGUCUCGAAGAGCUCGAUGCGCGACGAGGAGUCGCUAAAGUUGAAGGACCUGGCGCGAGCGCCUGGUAAGGUCAAGGAUGCAGCGGUCAAGAAGACCGCGGGAAGACUCAAGAGAUCAGAUGAGCCUUCGACGAAGAAGAAGGACGCUCGCGCCACCCCGAAGAGCCUGGACGACGACGACGACGACGACUCGCGCGUCAAACGAGAUACCGUUAUCUCGAAGACGACGAAAGAUGACGAGGUUCGAGAAUCUGCUAGCAAAGGUGAGCCCCCGAAGAGUACCGAGGUGACGACUGCCUCUGCGAGUUCCGUAGAAUCGGGUGCUUCAACGGUCGCUUCGACGAGCGUGCGAGCGAAACAGUUGGGCUCACCCAAGGAUCCUGCCGACGUGAAAACGAAGAAGGACAAUGAGAACACGAAAAUCGAUGCCGCGAAGAGCUCGGAAACGGUCGCUGCGGCCAAGACGAAGACGCCGGAAGCUGUCGCUUCGCCGAAGGAUGCUCUCGAUGCGAACCUGAAGAAACACGACGAGAAUCGAAAGGAUAGAAGAACAAGCGGUGUCGCGAAGAAGACGAAGACGUCGGAAGACGCCCUCACUUUGCCCAAAGACGUCUCCGGUGCGACGAAGAAGAACAACGAGAUCCGGAAGAACGAGAUGACGAAGAAGCGCACCAAGAGCCCAGAAGGCCUCGCAGCCCCGAGGACGGACAAGCUCGCGGAGGAGAAAGCGCACGUCGUGUCCGACACGCCAAAGAUCCCGGCGAUGUCGCACCAGGACGCAACACCGACGACAACAGCGAGGCGGAGCGUUGUCACGAACGCUGGCGAUACGCGUGAAAACAUCGCCAGCAUCGUGACGGUGCCCACGCCGAGCGCGACCGGUCUGCCAAAGGCAUCUAAAAUUAAUGCGGAUAGAAAUAAUACCGUAGAAGCGCCAGAGCUUUCGUUACGAGAAGAUGAAGAAGAAGAGGUGGCGGCGGCGGCGCACCUGGCAGACGAAUCGGUCGCGAACAAGAGCGAACGCGAGGAGGACGCAUUGCCGGGAAAGAAAACGGACAAGACAAACUUGGCGACGAGGGAUGUGCCCGAGGCUCCCACGAGGAAAGCCAAUGGCGUAGACAAAGCGGGCGACUUGGCCCGCGACGAUGUCGCGGCGAAGUCGAAGAGCGACGGCGCGGGCGCGACCUUGCCCGAAGGUGCGAACGACCAAGUGCGCAGCAACGAGCGGGACGAGAUAGCGACGGCGGAGGACGUCGUCAGGUCGACGAGCGACACCGGUUUGACGAAAACCACCAAGUACAAAGCGGCCAGCGCGGCUUCGCGCGAAUUGCCUCCGGAGACGGCCCGCCCGUCGGCGAAGAGCGAGGCGGAAGCGGCGGUCACUGGAGCGCCGAGCGACGCGUCCUUGGAGUCCGAGGACGCGAAGCCGUUGAAAAUCGACGCGAAGAAGAUUAGUGCGGUCGUUGACGCGGAGAAAGACGCGUCCAGAGACUCUGGUGUGUCCAGCCCGAAGGGUGGUAAAGUGUCGAAGCUCGGCGGCGCGGAAUCCAAGUUCCCCUUCAAGGUGAAGACCUUUCAGAAAACCGUCGCGAGCGACGUCGGCAAAGACCCGAGCGCACCCAAGGCCGCGAAGAACGACGAUGGCAAGGCACCAACGACCGCCAAGAGAGACGCCAAUGCGCCGAGGAACCUGAAGAAGAGCACCUCUGUCGAUUCUUCCAAGUCGACGGCCGAUUUCCCGUCGAGCGACGCGAAUGUCCUCCCCAAGACCUUGCAGCAGUCUGUGUCCGUCGACGAGAAAGCCGCGGACAAGAGGAAGCCGGUGAAGAAGACGCUGGAGCCGGCGAAGUUCCCCAGCAAGCUGCCGCAGAAGCAGCCAGCCACGUCGCUCGACGUGAAGUGCGAGAAGUUGAGCCAGGCGGAGCCGGCCGGACAAUUGUCCAAGAGCGCGUCCGUCGAGUCCAUCGACUUCUGGAGCGAGAUCAAGGCGCCGGACAGCCCCAGAGCGAGCGACUCGAAGAAGAAGAAGAAGAAGCAGCAGCAGCAGCAGCAGCAAGGCGCGGUUCCAUCGGGUCCCGACGCGAACGCGCUCAGCCCGAAGAUCGCGGAGAAGGCGGAUCCGAUUUCGGGCCCGAAAUGGGUAUCCAGCGACUCGCCGGCUCGCGGGAAGCCGUCGACGGCGGCGGCGAUAAAAGAGCCCGACGAGAAAAAGAACGGGAGCGACGUUAAAAUAAGCGUCGCGACCGGCGCUACGCCGGCAGUCGCGGCCGACGACGUCGCCGAAGAGAGAAGGCCGAAGGAGAGAGCGGCGGAAGCCGGCCCGCGACCGAGGACGGAGGUGGAGAAGAAGAGCGCGCAGCAGCAGGCAGCGAAGGCGCCGCGAGCGAAGAAGAAGACCGCCAACCUGUCCAUCGCGAUCGGCGCCAAGGACCUGAACUCGACCGUGAAGAAGGCCCCGGUGAAGGCGAAGCGCGAAGACACUGUGCCUCCAAGCCCGCCUCGACCUGACAGCAAGGCGACGCCCACGCAAGGCGACGCAGCGAGCCUGGACACCUCCUCGGAAGGGUCCACUCCAGUGGUGGCGCCAGCGGCGGGUAUUAUGCCGGCCAUCAACAUAGACGAAGUACCGACAGUGCUCAACAGUUCCGAGAGUGCUGAUCACGAGGACUACGAGGAAGUCAGCACGCCGACGAACGAGCCGGUGGACCCGACUCUGACGAAGAUCUCCAAGUGGAGCAACCGGAACGACCUGACGAACACGGACGACGCGGAGACUCCGGUGGUGUCAGAGGAGACCAGCUUAGCGACCAGUCCCACCGCCAGUCCGCAGUCUUCCAAGACGAGGCGCCUGGUGAAGAAGAAGAAGUCGUCCAGCAAGAAGAAGCCGUCGACGAAGGUCGUCAACGACACGACGACGAGCGGUCAGCAGAGCACGCAGGUCGCGAAGCCGCAGCUGGACAAACAGCUGCUGGCGAAGCCGAAGUCGUCGCCCAAGGUCUCGCCGAGGUCCAGCCCGAGGAACUCGCCGUCGCAGCGGCCGCUCGAUCUCAUCAGGAUGUUCUACACGACGCCAUCGGCGCUGCUGACCGCGACACCCCGGGACCUGUCGAAGGUCCGCAGGGUGAAGAUCAAGCGGCGCAAACACCAUCCGUCGAGAACGCCGUCCGUCAGCAGCGACAGCACCGGCAGCACCACCAGCACCGCCACCACGGGGAGCACCGACGGCAGCGGCUCGACCUGCACCGAGCUGGACGACGAAGUCGAGCAGAAGCGGAUGAACUCCACGAGGAGCAACGAUUCCGGCUUCGACGGCUCGCCGAGGAUCUCGAAUUGCGACAUGGCCUGCCAUAAGAAGUGCGAAAAGCUCACGGGGAAUCUCUGCGGAUUAAAUCAAAAGCUUGUCGCGGAGGCUUUGCAGGCCCUCAAGAGAGCACCCUCGCAGUCGUCGGAUAAUCAGCGCAACUCGGACUCGUCGGAUCACUUCUCGAGCGGCCGGAUAACGCCGCCGGCGACGAACCUGCCGAGGUUCAAGAAGUACGCAGUCACGGACUUCAACUUCCUCAAGGUUCUGGGUAAAGGCAGCUUCGGCAAGGUCCUGUUGGCCGAGCUGCGCGGCACGGAAUGCGUGUACGCGGUCAAAUGCCUGAAGAAGGACGUGGUCCUCGAGGACGACGACGUGGAGUGCACGCUGAUCGAGAGGAAGGUGCUGACGCUGGCGACGAGGCACCCGUACCUCUGCCACUUGUUCUGCACCUUCCAGACCGACUCGCACCUCUUCUUCGUCAUGGAGUACCUCAAUGGCGGCGACCUCAUGUUCCACAUACAGAAGUCCGGCCGGUUCCCGGAGGCGCGGGCGCGCUUCUACGCCGCCGAGAUCUGGUCCGGCUUGAAUUUCCUGCACAAGAAGGGCAUCGUCUACCGCGAUCUCAAGCUGGACAACGUGCUGUUGGACUUUGACGGUCACAUCCGAAUCGCGGACUUCGGCAUGUGCAAGCUGCAGAUCUUCUUGGACAGAACCGCCGACACGUUCUGCGGCACGCCAGACUACAUGGCACCGGAGAUCAUAAAAGGACUCAAGUAUAACCAAGCUGUGGACUGGUGGUCGUACGGCGUCCUUCUGUACGAGAUGCUGACCGGCCAGUCGCCGUUCUCCGGCUGCGACGAGGACGAGCUGUUCUGGAGCAUUUGCAACGAGCGGCCUUUCAUCCCGCGCUAUCUGAGUCAAGAAGCCACCGACAUACUGCUCUGCUUGUUGGAGAAAGAUUCCGGGAAGAGACCGCCCGGCCACGAGAUCGCUAUGCAUGCCUUCUUUCAGCACUUGCCGUGGGAUCGGCUGGAGAGGAGGCAGCUGGAGCCGCCGUUCAAGCCCGCGCUCGACCACACCUUGGACACGAAGUACUUCGACACGGCGUUCACAACCGAGCGUCCGCGGCUGACGCCGGUGCCCGAGCAGAUCCUCACGUCGAUGGACCAAGGUGUCUUCCGCGGCUUCUCCUACACGAACCCGAACGCGACGGACUGACGUGUGAAGGCCAACGGCGAGUGGGACGAACGCACGACGGCGCGUAGCCUUCGGUCCAUCCGUUCUCCUCUUCGCGGACAUUCUCGUGCUAUUUAACAUAUAGCGAGACAAAAGAAGAAGAAAAAGAGGAGAAGGAGGAGGAGGAGGAGCAGGAGAGGGGACGCGUCGUAUUGUUGUUGGCUCGUGCAGACAGCCUCGAGAUUCUCAGCUCACACCUUCACGCAGCGAGCGACGACGAGAAGGCGCGACGGUGUCGACGUGAGAAGGGAAGGGAAAGCGGCGAGCGGUCGCAUCCCGAAGACGUGCACACGUAAAACACGCGAGCCGCCAAGAAGAUCGUCACGCGCGUCUUGGACGCGCGAGCGUAGGCACGAAAAUCGAAUAAUAACCGCGGCUCGCGCCGCGCCAGCUAACCGGCCAGCUUGUAACGUAAGAUUGUACUUCUGUCCCGUUUAAUGUUCCUCAGAACUCUAUAGUCGACCCGCGCGAGCGCGCGGGUCAAGCGUACAAGUAAGAACACACCGGCUGCCCCACGACUACCGUGCGGUGUUUCAACAGCGUAUAGCAGAGAUCAAAGGCUGAUUCUCGUUAUUCGUCCAAUUUUCUUUCAACUCGAACGAUUGAGACGCGUGACAGACGAGUACUGCGAGUGUCCGAAUGCGAAAGCAUCGAAGGAUAUUCCGAGGAAGGCAAGACCGGCAGGUUCUUGUCUGUCGCCGCCGCCGCCGCCGCCGAAAUGGCGAGUGAGAUUCAGACUCUUCCAACUUGUUUGGCUCCGAUGUAAACGUCCUUGAAAAGUUAAAACGUUAAAGAUGUUAUAAUCAAAAUGUCACGAUAUGUUGAAGGUAAAAGUCUCUCAACUUUGCGUUCACGAUACUUUAACGUUUCACGAUAUCGCGCGAGAGAUGGCGGAGGACGCUCAGGCGGUCAACAGAGAGACCUGAACACAAUCGGAGAAUCGAACUCUGCGCUUGAUCGCAUACGUGGAAUGUCGCACGUUGGCCGCGGGGCCGACAGAGGCGCACCGUAUAGAUUUUUAUAUCAUAGACUUAGGAUGUAAUUAGACGCGCAUGUCGGCAACUGCGCGUGCAGUUGGCGAUAUUAUUUAUUUAGCUCAGUAAAUUGUUUGCAUAGUCGCGAUCGAAUCGCUCAUGGCCAUCGUUGAUAAUCAGAGAAUGUACGUAAUUCUAGUCCUUUGUGCCUGAUGAGAAGGCGUCUCUCCGUGGCGGCGGACGUCGAGACGGUUCGAAGAGAGAGAGAGAGAGAGAAAGAGAGAGAGAGAGAGAGAGAGGAGCGAUGAGCUCGCAGAGAGACGAGAGACGCCGACGCCAUGGAGGACGAUCGAUUGGAGAUUGGAAGACGAAUACAUAGAGCUUGUUAGAAACGUGUAGACACGUGCGUUUUAUUCACACAUGUAACACUAGAUCAGCUCCUGGCUGACGAUACUGAAAGAGAGAGAGAGAGAGAGAGAGAGAGAGAGAGAGAGAGAGAGAGAGAGAAAGCAAGAAAGGGAGGGAAAGAGAGAGGGAGCGCGUAUGCGAUAAGAUUUCUCACUUUCGGCGAUAAUUGCCACUCGUUCUCGGGCGUGUGUGUGCGUGUGCGCGCACGCAUGUGUACGCGGACUUUCUUCCGCAUUCCUCCGAGCGUGAUCGCGGAAAAGCAUGUCGCCAGCCAGCGUGCUCGCGCUCCUCUCAUCCUGGUGUAAAUUUUGGCGAUGCGUAAUUAUCCGCCGCUUCUCCGCCACGGUUAUUAUAAGUCCCGGCCUCACGUUACCGCCGCAUUCGCGGCUAGGUUAUUAAUACUCGAAGUGCCUUAUUAUUUUGGCCACGAUGGAGUCUCGAGUGUUUUCUUCGAGAGGCCGGACACUCGUCUUCGCUCGGACCUUCGCCGGACCGGCUCGAAUCGGCUCGCUUUUCUGCUUCAUGUAGCUUCCUUGCCUUUUAUCUUUCUUAUCUCUUUCGCUCUCUCUCUCUCUCUCUCUCUCUCUCUCUCUCUCUCUCUCUCUCUCUCUUUCUCUCUCUCUCUCUCUCUCUCACACACGCACACACGAAAUAGCUUGGUCGCUGCUCGUCUCCUUCUCCUCUCCCUCUCUCCUCGCGAAGAACAUCCGCUGCAUUUCUGCUUUUUUUUUCCUUAUCUCCGCGAGUUCGCUCGGUUCGAGUUGCAGUUCAUAUUUCGCGUCACCGCUCUCCGGCUCCCCUUUCGUUCGCUGCCCCGUUUUCCUUUUUAUCCCCAACUUCCAUCGUUACGUUUUUUCUAUCUUCUUAAUUAUGCUCUUCUCUCUUUCUCUCUCUCUCUCUCUCUCUCUCCCCCUCCCUCUCUUUCCGUCUAGCUCAUAGCUCGGUUCCUUCGUCCAUUGCGCCUCGCGCGUUUUGUUUUUCCUUAUUCCCCUCCUGUCCUAUAUCUCUCCUGUGCUUUCUCGCUCGCGCACACUUGGCUCCACGCUCACCGCGCGCUAACUUUAGCUCGUCGAGGAAUUGGCAAACCGCGCACUCAGCAGCAUCCGCCGAGAUGAAAGUGAUGGGCUGUCGUAAGAUUGCCGCGGGGUCACCGCUGGCUCUCUAUAUAAACAUCACGAGUGCGCGCGCGGAGAAAGGGAUAGGAAAUAACGGCGCGUUCAGUCACGGCUGAUUGAUUUUCUAAACGGCGGGACGCUGAGGAAGAUGUUGGAAUACACGACAGGGCGGUGCGUCUGUCCAACUGAUGAGAAAAUCGAACCCGGAAAAAAAGGAUCUCGAUCGAGUUUCCUCAAUGAUACCUUCUCGCUUAAACGUCGAGACAGAAACAGUGACAGAGAGAGAGAAAGAGAGAGAGAGAGAGAGAGAGAGAGAGGGGGGGGGGAUACCGUCGGAACAAAGGUCGUUUGAAAGCUGCUGGGAGUCACCGCGUACGACGACGUGCGGCUUCUACGAAGCAAACGAUCUUGAGGCGAGCCGAGGAUGCGUGUGUGAGAGGCACAAGCCAAUAGGAAAGAGCGAGACGGCACGAUUGGCGCCAAAGAGCGAGAGAAAUUAAGAUCGGAGAUGCGCAAGAAGAGGGGGGAAGGUUAUAAGAGGCGGCAAAAAGCGACGCUUUAAGAGGUUCGGUCAAUGGUCCCUGAAUCUGCGAAUGGCCUGGCGAACUUCAAGCGAACGCCACGAACGAACACUCGCGCACUCGUCGAGAUCGGAACGCCGAUCACUCGUCCGAGCUGAUCCGCGACGCCGCCGAUGGAAGAGGCUCGCGAGGUCUCUUCCGACUUCGCGCUGACAAAAGAGAGGACGUCAGGUUGCCAACGACACGGCGGAGACGCUCGACGGGCAUCGGCGCGAUCGCCGAAAAAUCGCACUGUCCGACUCGAAUUAGGGGGUUUUGUAUAAUUACUUGAUAUAGACGCAGUAUUUUUUAAAGAAACCAAUGUUCCCCCGAGGAAGAAAGGAAUAAAAGAUGUAUCUAUCCUCCA